AUUACGGAGGUGGUCCCUGGCCAGCAGUCUUCGUUGACGCUGUGUAUCCUCCGUCGGAGACUGACGAUAACGCAGCAAAGAAGAUCUCCUUUGCACUUGGUCUUUGGUCCCUCGGACUAAUGGCGUGGCAAAUGUUGGUAGGUGAACCUCACUUCUUGGGGUCUCUUCAGAACGUGCGACGGACAAUCACGCAGGAUAACUAUCCGCUAACGGGGGAAAAAGGGAUUCCAUCUCGCAUGCAACGAAAGAUCUCAUCCGGCGCCUCCUGAAGGCGGACCCCGUCGCACGCUUGCCGAUCGAUCGUGUUGUGAGCAGCCCGCGGCUCGCCUCCGUAGAGGCCGUCCUUUCGCCGACCAUUGCCCAGGAGGCCGUCUCUGCGUGGCCUCCCCGCCCGUGCGACGGCCUAUUUUGGAGCGGAGGGUUUGCGCGAGUGCCUUUUGAACGGCGCCAUUGCCUUUUUAAGAGGGGAUUUGCUGGUGGAUCUGUGUGAACGGGGAGGCAGGAUCGAGCGGCGCCAGGACCUGCUAGAGGAGGCCUCUUGGACCGCGGAUGAGUGCCUCCGUUGCGCGAGCAUCCCUGCCUGCAGUGGAGGCCACGAAUUCGUGCACGCCCUGUCCUAUGGCUGGCUGGAGAAAGGGUCAUCCUGACAGGCUCGGGCACCACCUGCGGAUCUUGGCCGCGGUCCUGAAGAAGCGGCCCACGUUCAUUCGAACGUACAGGGAGCUACGCGACAUCGCCGUCUUCUGGGGCUUCGCAGAUUUGUAUCAAGGGUCCACAGAUGAUACGCAGCAGUGCCUCCUGGAACUGGGUCCCGGAUUCGCAAACGUGAUCUACGGCCACAGCCUCGUGAUCGUCUAUUGUAGACAUCGAUGCCAUCAGGAGGCCUUGAAGCCUGGUGUUAUGAUGGCCGAGGUUGGUGCCAGUUCGAUAAGCCGAUCAGGGGUAUCAGCAAGGCAUCUAGCAAGCAGCUUGACAUCGGUCGGAUCGUUGAGCAGGAUUCUGCACACAUGUAUUGGCUCGGUUUUCUGGAUGCCUACCAAGGCGCUCGAUUGCCUCUAGUGGUGCCGCAGGCUCUUGCCACACUCUUAAGGUCCUGUUCGUUCACGAAUUGCAAGUCUGAAGAGGCAGGCUAAGGUUGCCCGUCUCUACAAGGAAACGCUAGACGUCAUUUCUGCAGGCACCCUCGUCCUCACAUGCCAGAACCUGCCAAAAACACCGAGUAGAUUUAUCUGUCGGUGGGCGCACUGCCCUGCUUCACCUGCUGCCAGACUUUGGACCUUCGCGCGACGGCGCUCGGCGAUGCGGGCCUCCAGCCUCUCUGAGCGCGUCUUCCACCGCACGGGCUUGCUCGCCGAGGUCUGGCUUUUGCGAACGCGCGGCGCUCGAGCAGCAAAGGGCCGUGGGUGAAAGCAGGCAGAGCCGAGGUUAUAAUCUGCACGUGACACGCAGUUUGGAUUCGUGGCGAAGCGGAUGCCACCCGGCAGAGUAGGUGACGAUAUUAGUUCGUUCAGUGGCGCUCCAGACAGCGAGUCGGUGACGAGACCGCUGGCCAGCCGUCAGCCGCUUCUCCUCCGC